GGCGCAACGUAGAUGGAGCCCGUAACUAAGCCGCCGUUGCUUUCCCCGGAUCGCCAGACCCCUUUCCUUGCCCAUGGGACCGUUCGAAACGACAGACCACCCGCGUUGUUCUUUUUUUCUCCGGUGCCACUUUUCCUCUUUUUUCUUUUCCCUUCCUCCUCUAUCGGAGAAUGAGGUUCCUGUAAUAGCCGGUGCGGUCUCGAGUUCGGCCACCGCAGCCUGGGGCGACACUUGUCGGCGGCCCGUCGCAAGGGCGAGCCGGCGCAGCAGAUCGAUUCCCGGAUGGCGUGCCAAUUGGUUACCGAACAAUUUCGGUGGCCCGCACGGGUACGUGGGUCGUGCCUAGGGAGUAGGGCAGUCCUGUGAAACAGGGGCGAUGAUGGUUGGGAGCCUGGGAAUGCCUCAGGAGAUUUGGCGCUUCGAAGCGCGCGGCGACAUGAGACUUUCCGUCGACGGAUGUUGCCACCAGGAGCGCAUCAGCAAGCAAGUCGUGGUUUUGACCUGACCGGAAAGUCUCGUUGGGGUGUUAAAGGAGGAUCCCUUGCGUUAUCGAGGCAUCGUGAAUCGACCAGGCCCGGGGCAAUGCCCAGGCGCCCGGAUGGUUUGCCGGUCAUCGGCGGCACUUGGGUCGAGGUUUGAGAGUUGAAGCUCCCGCGGACAUGGUCUGUUUUCGAGCUCAUCGGGCCACAAUGAGGUAGGCGACGGCUUGGUUUGCUCCUAAGGUAGUCGGCAAUGUUCCGCGCGCAGCCUAAGCUUAACAAAGAUGGGCUGUCUGCUUAAGUGCUAGCGCUAGUACAGACGAUACUGGGGGACGCUACGAGUUGGACUGGGGCCAUCCACUGGGCUCCUGCGCACUUGCCUUGGCUUGGUUGGCCUGGCUCGGGCGAAGCACGCUACUGGCCCGUCAAGCGUGCGUCCGCGCGAGAGGGGAGGCGCCACUGGCACCGAUGGCUUGGGAUGGCAGGAGCAAUCGUCAGUCGCCCGUGCCCCCUUCCCCCGUCGCCCGUCAUCCACCGCCCGUUACCUUCCUACCUACCCAAUGCCAUCAUGGGAGUAGGUGCGGGUUUCUUGCAUGUCUGGGCUGCCGUUGGCCCGCAGCAAUGCAGUACCUGUAUUCCCUCCCAAGUAACUAGAGGCUGACAAACAAACAGCCAGCCACUGUUGCGCCUAUUCCUCGCUCAACCACCAGAACGUUCCUCAACCUUCGCUUCAGCCUCACCACCCUUGCCACCCCUCACCCAGUCAGCGAGAGCAUCUUCUCUCACCGAUGCCUUCGACUGCUCUUCCUAGACAGCCCCAGCGACGUCGUCUGCCAGUUCUCGCUUGACAGAUCCCGGGUGACCGCUCCGCCCAACCCGCACGGCAACCCGGCUGACACUCGAGGAGCGCCGUCAGUCAGAGUUUAGGCACUGUCAGUCAUUUCGCUUCUCAGUCCUUUCUACUGCCCCGUGCCUGGCACUUGCCCCGCCAAUAGCCGGCAACGCGAGCCUUCACAUAAGCGGUUACAGCCCAAGCAACACGACCUCCGCGGCCUCCACGGCUUCACAACACUUAGGCAGAGUCGCAGACAUCGCCUCUGGGGAUUUCUGUGUUGCGAGCUGGUCUUGCGGCAACCAUCUAAACUAGCUACCCAAGGCUUAUGGCCUUAGUAGCCACCCACGCCGUGGUUCACCAGGCCUUGUCAUUUCAACCCCGCCCGUCAGGGGCCCUCGGCAAUAUGCAAGCGACGACCGAUCUUUCCAUCCUUGGCGCUCAGCAGUACGAUCUCGCAGGAGCCUUUCCCGCGGAGCAGCCGGACGCCCCGCAAAGAGUACCCAGGUCAGCCAAAGGUGCCACAGCGACGACCGGAAAGCGGGCCAAGCCCGACUUGAAUGCCGAUGGCAACGACAAUGAGGAGGAGGAGGAGGAGGAGGGCAGGAAGAAGCGGUCUAGAGGUCGGCCGCGGCUCGACACCAAGGAUGAAACGGCCGCAGAUCGCCGACGCACGCAGAUUAGGCUCGCUCAGAGAGCUUACCGUCAUCGCAAGGACACUGCCAUAUCCUCGCUUGAGCAAAAGGUCAAGGAGCUCGAAAAGGCCAACGCAGCCAUGAGCAAGGAAUUUGGCGACUUUUACAAACUUCUCAUGGCAGAUGGAGGGGUUGCCGCUGCUCCUCAAGUUGCACUUCGUCUCAGAUCGAUUGCGGACAAUCUGCUGUCGCCGUCGACAGCUCAGGACGGUUCGGUUGGCAGUGAUAGAUCUCAGUCUGCCGAUACGGAGGACCAGGCAGAUCCGCCGCUUCCUGCCCGUCAGAACUCCGGCUCCAGCUCUGAAUACUCGAGAUUCGAACCGCCACCUCCAACCAUCACUCACCCCCAGCCGUAUUCUCAAGGCGGGUCGGUCGAUAUCUCGCCGUCAGCCCCCGCGGUCCAUAUGCCAAGCUCAUUGUCCUACGAGGUCGUCACGCAGCCCACUCCGAACAAUGCAUCCUUUCCAUUUUAUGCCUCUAUGGAACCAUCUUCAUCUCAGUUCGUUGGGCACCUACCUAGCCCUGACCCCUACACCUCACUGCCACCGCCACCAUCAUACGCAGCCCAUGAGGCAACAUUUGGUCGUCGGGUCCAACGAGCCACUCUAGAGGCUGGCUUGCGCUUGAUAUCGAUGUCUAAUCCGCCGCCAGAGCGGUACGCUGCCGUGUUCGGCUUCUGUCUCUUCUUCGAAUCCCGUGAUGCCAUCAUUGGCCGCCUGAGCCUAGCUCUUACUCGGUCACGGCAGGAGGGCCUAAGCCAUUGGAGAGCUCCCUUCACCAACCUCGGAGGCGCGGGCACCUUCUUCCUCGAUAAGUCUAGCGGUGUGCCGUCGGCGGAUGGUUCGGAUGACGGAUUGUUGCCUAUCGGGAAUCAGGGCACCCGCGAAUAUUUUCGACCAGCGGAAAUGACUGGCUUCUCCAUGGGUCCUUUCGGUGCCGAAGUCGAAGAAACUCGUGACGAACGGCUAGAUCAUCGUAUGCGCAUGCUGUAUCCAGGAUUUGAGGGCAACUUCUUCGACGCGGAUGAGGUUGAAACGUAUCUGCGUCACAUCGGGAUCACCAUACCGCAGAGUGCCGAUUUCGUCGAGGCCGAGAUAAAUGUCGACGAGCUACAAGAUGACACAGCACCAAUUCCGAGGCAAUCUUUGUCUCGUGAACCUAGUGCAUUCGGCAACGCAAGCAUGUUUUCAUCUGAGUCUGGUUACGGGAGCGUCGACAGUGGAUCCGCCGGACCUGGGACCUGGGGAAACAACAGCCCCAGAUCAGUCCACCAUGGUUUGUCUGCAGCGGAUAUACAAGCAACCACGCGACCCAUGUCGACCAUCCUCCAUAAUAACGUGACGACCGGCGCCAUGGAUUUUCCACAUGGCCUCACCUCCUUCAUCUGCCCUCCGGGUCUGGAAGGAAUGUGGCAGCCGACGCCGGCCUGGUCGAGAGCCAAGAUUACGGUGGAUGUGAAUAUGCUGGUGAAAGAAAUCGUGGGCACAUCUGUUUGCCUAGGCAGGACACCUGGGGUGCGACGAAAGGACGUCAACCGGGCAGUGAAGCUUGCUGCCGGACUAGUCGCCGCUCACUAAUGGAUGAUGAGAUUGUAUGAGAAUCAUUCCCUUGAGCGACGCGGGAACAGCAUUGGAUAGCUUGGUCCAUAUAUGACGCACAUCAGCAUGGGGCAGAGGCAGUUUCCCCUUGGAGCCACGGAACGAUACCCAGAGUUUCACGCUCUUCCUCCUUGAUAGCAUUGGCAUUGGCGUUUGAUUUGUCGGCCAUUUUGUGUUGCGCGGUAACACUGUUGAGUGCUGCAAGUACAUACAGAGAGCAGGGAUCUUCACCCAUAAUAAAACGUCUAUUCCCUGACUUGUUCGUCGACG